GUUUUAAUAUGCACUGAAGCGUACUACAACCAUGAACUAACUCGAAUCUAACGAAACUAGAUCCACUAAAAAUUAAGUUUUCUAAAAUAAAAUAAAGUAAUAAAUUAAAAAAAAACCUGAGAGAAACAAGAAUCACCCACUUCCCUCCAUUAUUUGUUCUUUUGCCGAUCGAACCAUCUCUCUCCCCUACUACUUCUCCUAGUGUUAGGUAAUUGACGAGUGUUCUGCACAUUAGCAGUGCUUCAAGAUUUGCUUUUGUGAUCGUCUCCAUUUGUACGAUCGCAAUUUUUCAGAUAAACAGAGAGCUCUGCUACCUGGUGUUUUACAGACAGAGAGAGAUGCUCUGUUCCGGCCGACUUUUGGCCGUUUCUUUCCCGCCGAAUCGUUACUGCCCGUACAAAUUGCAUAGCUCUAGCUGCUCCGGAUUCAGCUACGCAAGAAGCCCCAAAUCAAGCACCUCCAAAUGGAGAUCCAUGGCGAUGGCGUCCGACCCCGAUUCCUCUUCUUUCGGUCCGUCUGUCGACUCUGAUCCUAAUCCCGCCGGCGAUACAAACCCCGCCGGAUUUUGUAUUAUAGAGGGGCCUGAAAUGGUGCAGGACUUUGCCAAAAUGGAGUUGCAGGAGAUCAAAGAUAAUAUUCGAAGCCGACGAAACAAGAUUUUCUUGCAUAUGGAAGAGGUUCGCAGGCUGCGGAUACAACAAAGGAUCAAAAGCGCAGAGCUUGGAACGUUAGACCAAGAAAACGAACUUCCUAGUUUUCCGUCUUUCAUUCCAUUUUGCCUCCCCUGUUCAGAAAACCUUAAGCAGUAUUAUGCAGUCUGUUAUUCAAUUAUUGCGGGAUUUAUACUUUUCGGUGGCCUCAUAUCACCCUCUCUGGAGUUGAAGCUGGGGAUAGGAGGCACAUCAUAUAAAGAUUUUAUAGUAAAUAUGCAUCUGCCGUUGCAGUUGAGCCAAGUUGAUCCCAUCGUGGCGUCAUUCUCAGGAGGAGCAGUUGGAGUGAUCUCAGCAUUGAUGGUAGUUGAAAUAAACAAUGUGAAACAGCAGGAGCAAAAAAGAUGCAAAUAUUGUAUUGGAACUGGAUAUCUUGCUUGUGCUCGCUGCUCAAGCACUGGAACCCUUGUUCUUACUGAACCAGUAUCAACAGUUGAUGGCAGAAGUCAGCCCCUCUCACUGCCUAAAACCGAAAGAUGUUCAAACUGCUCUGGAGCGGGAAAGGUAAUGUGCCCUACAUGCCUUUGCACUGGAAUGGCGAUGGCAAGUGAACACGACCCUCGGAUCGAUCCCUUUGAUUAGAAGUGCAACGCCGUCAUUAGUCGUUCCCUUACCACUUAGAAACUUUUUAUUUUUUCUCCUCUCUUUUGAUGCAAUGCAAUACAUACAUCCUCUCCUGAGUUGUUAUGUAACCAAGAACUUGUUUAUACAUCAAUUGUUCAGGAAAAUGGCUAGACAUCUUAAUAAAUUUAAAGGUUUCUUGCUUUGUGCAACA